AUGGGUAAUUACAAAUCACGUCCACCAUCUUCAUGUGCAGAUGAAUUGAAGAAAAAAAUCAGUGAGGGUUAUGCGGUGGUACGAUCAAGACUGAAUGAUGAUAUUAAGCCACGUUUUGAUGCAUGGAAUGUGCUGCAGAAUGCAUGCUUUCAAGGUACACUAAAAACACUAGAAGAAUCGUUGAAAGGUUUGAAAAAUUUAGAGGAGCGUACCGACGAUCAUCAGUUAUCGUUGUUGCAUCUAAUUUGUGCCGGACAUUCGGAGCAGCAACCUGAAAAAGUUGCCAUUCUAUUUGAAGCGUUUGGUGGUGAUGAGACGAAAAAGGAAUUACUGCUCAAACAUCUUUCUAAAAAUGGCUUUUCUGCUCUUCAUUUCUCCGUGUACAAGGAUGAAAUGGAAACGGUGGAAAAGUUGCUAGCAGCUGGGGCAGAUGUUGAUUUUGCGGGUCGGAACAAAUUACCGCCCCUUCAUUUGGCCGUAAUGUGUGGUAACAUUGAGAUGGUGGAAAAGCUGAUUAAUCGAGGCGCUUCGUUACAAAUUGCUGACUUUGUGAAUUUCACUCCACUUCAUUGCGCUACUUAUUUUGCUCAUGAAAAGAUAGUGCGCUUGCUAAUGAAAUAUGGAGCUGAUCCAAAUGCAUGUGGUGGAGUACGUGAUCGACCGUUACAUUUGGCCAGCAAUAAAGGACAGAUCAGUAUUGUUUCUGCACUUUUGGAAGCAGAUGCUGAUCCAACUCUGGCUGAUGAUGAAGGCAACACAUCGUUACAUUUUGCUGCAAAAACAGGUCACGUUGGAAUCAUUGAUUUAUUACUGUUAAAAAUUGGUGCUGGUCAUCAAGAAUUAGCUCUAAAAACUAAUGUUUAUGGUGACACACCGCUUCAUACAGCUUGUUAUGCAGGACGUUUGGAUGCUGUGAAACGAUUGUUGGAUUUUGCUGGAUCGAUUACCCUCAAUAUGGAAAACGUUUUCUCCGAAACACCUCUACAUGCAGCUUGUACAAAUGGUAGGAAUUUGGAAUUGGUGGCUUUUUUGUUGAAACAACCCGGUGUAGAUGCAAAUUUUCAAGGACAGGAUGGUCAUACCGCUCUGCACAGCGCAUGUUAUCAUGGACAUUUACGAUUUGUGCAAUUUCUCUUAGAUAAUGGUGCAGAUCAGUCAUUGACUGCUCGAGCUGUUGAUUAUUCACUCUUGCCAAGUAGCACACCGGUAUCAUCGGCAGUAGCUCAAAAGAUGUUUGCAUUGUCCAAAGAAUCCGGAAGUUCAGUUAGUGGUGGUAGUGCGUCCAUUUCAUCUACUAGUCUUAACGAUGACCAACAGCAAACACCUAUUAUUUGGGCAUAUGAAAAGGGUCACGAUCAGAUUGUUGCCUUACUUAAACAUUAUGCAAAUAAACGUCCAGAUUCUGAUGUUUGCUCAGAAUACAGCUCUGGCGAAAGCAGUUAUACACCGCUCCCUAGUCCUCUUGGUCGCUUACGAUCAAUGACUAAAGAAAAAGCCGAAAUAUUGCAAUUGAGAGCUUCACUGUGCAGUCAGUUUCAUCUUUCGCUAACAGACGUCGAUUUUCAGGAAGCUAUCGGUAGUGGUUCGUUCGGGAAAGUUUAUAAGGGUACGUAUCGCGGCAAAAUAGUAGCCAUUAAAAGAUAUCGUGCUGUAGCAUUUGGUUCGAAAAGUGAAGUUGAUAUGUUCUGUCGCGAAGUAUCAAUUCUAAGUAAAUUGCAGCAUCCGAAUGUAAUUAAUUUUGUUGGUGCAUGCUUGGAUGAUCCAAGUCAAUUUGCAAUAAUCACAGAAUUUCUUGUUAAUGGAUCCUUAUUUUCUCUACUACAUGAACAGAAACGGGUUCUGGAAAUGGCGUUGCGUCUAAAUAUAGGAAUUGAUGUUGCACGUGGAAUGCGGUACUUGCAUGAACUUGCUAAACGACCGGUGAUCCAUCGAGAUCUCAAUUCUCAUAAUAUUCUUCUUCAUGAAGACGGACAUGCUGUGGUAGCGGAUUUCGGUGAAUCACGCUUUAUGGCACAACACGACGAUGAAAAUAUGACCAAACAACCAGGCAAUCUUCGCUGGAUGGCACCUGAAAUUUUCACUCAAUGUGGCCGAUACGAUCGAAAAGCAGAUGUAUUCAGUUAUGCUUUAUGUAUUUGGGAGCUUCAUGCUGCAGAGCUACCGUUCGCUCACUUGAAACCCGCUGCAGCAGCAGCAGAAAUGGCUUAUAAACGAGGUCGUCCACCCUUACCCCCACAUCCAACUGUUCAAUUCCCAGCUCAUAUUCUUUAUAUGAUAACAUCAGCUUGGCAUCAUGAUCCGAAAUCAAGACCAGCUUUUGCGGAUAUUUUACCGAACAUCGAAAAAUAUGCAUCACCAGUUAAACCACCUAAUGGAGUAUCUCUCAGUAAUGGUACAGCAGAUUGUGGGUUGUUAUCUGUUUCAAAACUCAAGAAUCACUGGGAACGGAAAGGAAUACGGCAAGAAUCAACACAGCAUCCUAAUGCUAUCACAUUUUCAACUUCAUCCAGCGGAAUAACUUCAUCUUCCUCUACAUCAUCAGUUUUGUCAUCAAUAUCAACGCCAACAAAAGCUAUUGAUGAACUUCGGCAACGGCUUGAUCGUAAUGGAUAUGUUUUGCAACCACUUGUCACUGUUGAUUGA